AUGCCUCCUCAGGCUCCUCAGGCUCCUCUCAAACCUCUACCUGACUGCGAAGGCCCAAAGCUGGAGCCCUUCCAUCAUAACCUUGAGGCGGAUGACGUGGAAUUUCUCAAGAUCCUAGAAUGCGACAACAAUAAGCACAGUAAGAUUAUCAAGACAAGAAUCGGAGACAAGAUCUACGGCAUCAAGUUCUUUAUUUGGGAGGACCCCUUCGCCGAACCUCCAUACCUAUCAGCGUAUGGUGAGGAUGGACUAAGCACACAUUUAUGCUGUGACGGAUUUCACCUCCAUUUCACACCUUUCGAAAACGAGUGCCGAGCUUUUGGCAGACUGAAAGAAGUCGGUCGCGAGGAUCUCGCGGUUAAAGUCCAUGGCUAUGUCACCAUGGACCUCAACGACACCAUUGACCAGAAGCUACAGGCUGCAAGGUCUAAGAUGAUUCUUCCCUAUCAACAUCUAGAUUGGUUCCUUGGAAUGGGCGAUGGCCCUGCCAUGGGCAUCGUCAAAGACUGGGUAGAUGAGGUGGAAUACGAUGACGAGCGUUACCAUGCGCUGUAUCAAAGGGCGGUCCAAGCCCGCCAUUUCCCUCGCAUGCUCGAGGGGCUGCACGAUCUCCACAAACACGGGAUAGUUGUCAGGGACCUAAAUGGUGGCCAGUAUGUCAACGGCACACUGGUAGAUUUGAGCCUUGCAUCCACUGUCCCUCAUCCGUUUGGCCCAGACCCAGAUCCAUUGGGCUUGGGAAAAGUCUGGCAGCCAUGCUGGACGUUCCAGAGCUUGGCCGCUUGGGAUUUGUAUUGCUUCCAGGCUGAGGUCAUUAAACCUUGGCAUGAAGACUUGGCCACGUUCCUGAAGUACAAGCCAAGAACCAAGGGCCUGGUAAGGACUUGCUGGACCACAGCCUACCGUAUCCCCGAAGACCAGAGGGAACUCAGGCCUCGCGUUAGGCAGUAUCUGGAUGCGGAGCAGCCUCCUUACUUGCCCAUACUGAACCCAUGGGAUGAGAAGCUUGAGAUGACAAUGGCUCCCCGGCAUGACCCGCUUGAUUUUGCCAAGCAUAAUCCGGUCGUCAACAAUGUUAAGAAGCAGGUGACAGGUACAGCAAAAGGCCGAGGUGUCAAGAAAAGCGUGGCAAAGAGGAAGCAGGCGAAGGGGAAGCGAGUGAAAGGCAAGAUAGUCAACAAGACAGAGGCUCCAAGAUCCAGAUAUAAUCUUCGUAGCCAUACAGUUAAGAAGUGA